AUGGGCAGGGAAGACAAAGCAACGUGGAAAGCUAAUUAUUUUGUGAAAAUCGUGGAAUUAUUGGAAGAAUAUCCGAAAUGUUUCAUUGUCGGUGUUGAUAAUGUUGGUUCAAAGCAAAUGCAAGAAAUUCGCCGUGCUAUGAGAGGUCAUGCCAACAUUUUGAUGGGUAAGAAUACCAUGAUUCGGAAAGCAAUCCGUGGUCAUCUGCAGACCAAUCCAGAUCUAGAAAAGCUGCUACCAUACAUUGUUGGGAAUGUUGGAUUUGUUUUCACCAAUGAUGAUCUGAGUGAAAUCCGAGCGAAAUUAUUAGAAAAUCGACGCGGUGCUCCUGCUAAAGCUGGUGCUAUUGCACCGUGUGAUGUCAAGUUACCACCGCAGAAUACUGGUAUGGGACCAGAGAAAACGUCUUUUUUCCAAGCUUUGCAAAUUCCAACGAAGAUUUCUCGUGGAACUAUUGAAAUUCUGAAUGAAGUGCAUUUAAUCAAGACUGGCGAAAAAGUGGGAGCUUCUGAGUCCGCUCUUUUGAAUAUGUUGAACAUUAUGCCAUUCUCGUAUGGCCUUGUUGUGCGACAGGUGUAUGAAAAUGGGACUGUUUUUGCACCGGAAGUUCUGGAUAUGACAGCGGAUGAUAUUCGUGCGAAGUUCUUGAAAGGAGUGCAAAAUGUUGCGGCAGUUUCAUUGGCUAUUGGUCAUCCAACUGUUGUGUCAGUACCACAUUCUAUAGCAAAUGCGCUUAAAAAUUUGUUAGCCAUUGCUGUGGAAGCCAACAUCGAAAUGAAAGAAGCAGAGAAGAUCAAAGAAUUCUUAGCAGAUCCAUCCAAGUUUGCAGCACCAGCAGCCGCAACGGUAGCUGCUGUUCCAUCUGCACCAUCUGCUAAAUCGGAAGAACCGUCGAAGAAAGAAGAACCUAAAAAGGAAGAAUCAUCGGAGGAUGAAGAUAUGGGAUUCGGACUUUUCGAUUGA